AUGAACAUAGAUUCUCUGGGAACAGUACGUAGGAAUCGUAUAAACGAUUGCCCACAUGAACCAGAGAAGUUACUACUGAAGCGAGGACGGGGAAGCUACGAUUACAGGUUGAAUGAAUAUUCUGGAAUAAUCGUAUUUAAGUGGACAGAUAACAAGGUAGUGUGUUCAGAAAGUUCAUUUUGUGGACUAGAACCAAUGAAAGCUGUGAAACUUUGGAAUACUAUUCAAAAACGAAAGAUAGAUGUGACAUGUCCGAAUAUUGUCAGUUUCUACAAUAACCAUAUGGGUGGUGUAGACCUGGCGGGAAUGCUUGUCGAACUAUACAGAGUGCCUCUCAAGUGA